AAAACCACAAAAAUAUAGACAAACGACGCAGCUCCCCGUUUGUGAGAGGGACUGACAGUGUCUAAAUCGCCAGACUAUUGAAUUUCCUGGCGCCCACCAUGUCUCACGCUCGAGUGGAAGAGCUGUCCGACUCGGAUCCAGACAUCGAAGACCCCUCCGACUUUCUCCCACAAUCAGACAACCAGAUCCUGCGCCCUGCAGCAGCCGCUGCCCCGACUCAACGCUCGUCAUCCUCGACCUCUUCCUCCCCGAAACCAUCGCCUGUACCUUCAGGCACCCCCAACCCGACCCUCUUCCGCCCUCCACCUCCGACACCGCAGACGCAACAGCAGCAACAACAAACCAGAGAGAGCAUCAAGACCUACCAAUGCCUCUACCCGAUCUACUUUGACAGCACGCGGACCAAGGCUCAGGGCCGGCGGGUGGGAUCUAAGCUCGCCGUUCCCAACCCUCUGGCCUACAACCUGGUCAUGGCCGCUCGAGACACCCUGGGCAGUACGGCGCUGCACGUCGCCUUCGAGCCGGACAAGACGCACCCCAAGGAUUGGGCGAACCCGGGUCGGGUGAGGAUUCAGCUGUUCGACAAGGACACACGGAGGCCCCUUCACCCUCAGAUCAAAAACAAGGCUCACUUAUACAGGGUGAUUGGACAGUGGCUGCAGGACCACCCGACCUCCAAGGAAGACCCUCUCGAGUUGAGGAUCCAAGGGUUGCCGGUCCCCGAGAAUUUUGGCAAAGAAGAAAUCCCAAAACCCAGAGGUUGGAAGAUGGGUACGAUCUUGCCCGUCCACUCUCCGGCCGUCAGUGGCGGGGGUGUGAGGGACGAUUUCUUUAAAGAGGCGAUGGAGGAAAUGAGACAGGCUCAAAGUGCGGGUCAAUUACCUGGUGGCGCUGGUGGUGGUAUGCCUGGUAUGCCCGGCGGCGGUGGUAUGCCGGACAUGGCUGCCCUACAGAACAUGAUGAGUAGUAUGGGUGGCAUGGGAGGAAUGCCUGGCCUCGGCGGAGGAGGAGGAGAUUCAAGUGGCGGUGGUGGAAAGAAGAAAAAGGACAAGAAAAAGGGUUGAUUCUGGCCAAAAAACAAAGAUGAAACGCAUGACCGCACGACCCAAAAGGAAAACCAAUAUCAGUUGUUUGCAUCACUUCCUUUGUCUCGGGGGAGAUGGUUCGCCGUAGACUGUAAGCAAGUGUACCAGUAGGAAGACCUCCUUUAUCUUCUCUAGAGUGCUCACCAUGCCUGUCUCCAUCCUCGAAGAAGAUCCCUUGUUUAGAUGUGAUGUUAUUUCUUUUCUAGCUCAUGCUUAAUGACGAACGUGACUUUUAUG